AUGACCUGGCAACUGUGGCUUGUGAGCCUGGCCGCUGUGUUGCAAGGGGGACAUCCACAACCCGCCGAACUUUAUCCGAGCAUAGACCCGAACCACUUUGGCGCCGAUGGCAACCCCUGCUACGACAGAGCCACCCGCCAACCGCAACGCUGUGUCCCAGAUUUUGUGAACGCCGCCUUCAACCUGGAUGUCCAAGUGACGAACACGUGUGGUUCAAAGCCAACAAAAUUCUGUGUGCAAUCUCAGCACACUGGCCAGCGAAGUGUAUGCGAUUAUUGCGACGAUCGUGUGGAGGUAAGUGUGGGGCACUUUGGAGCAAUAACAGACUGGGAAUAGGUACUGAAUUACGCAUUUUAGCUCUCUUCUCAUCCAGCCAAGUACCUCACUGAUUUCAACGUGGGAAACAAUGAAACUUGGUGGCAAUCGGACACAAUGAUGGAGGGAAUGCAAUACCCGACCAGUGUUAAUCUCACUCUGACUCUCGGUUGGUCUCAGAAAUCUAAAUUUGGAAACUGAAAUCAUCGUUUUUAGGGAAAAGUUUUGAUAUCACGUACGUCCGACUGAAGUUCAUCAGUCCACGACCAGAAUCCUUCACGAUCUACAAGAAGACGUCUGCUGAAGACAAUUGGGUCCCAUGGCAGUACUAUUCGUAAGUUAGGUCCCUUCCCGUGUCUUGUACGGUUUUUUGACUAAGCUAUGCUCCCUAGAGAACAGGCAACUGUGAAAACAGGAAGGCCGUGGCCGGCUGCCGCUGGCCUAGGUUUUCUCGCCGAGGCCAUUUUGUCCAUUUCCUUUGCGAAUAGUCAAAAACCUAAAUUCAUUUCAGCGGAUCUUGUCGUGCUACUUAUGGAAUUCCGGACAGAGCACCAAUUCUCCCAGGAAAUGAAGCAAUCGCUAUUUGCACUAAGGAGUUCUCCGAUAUCUCCCCAAUCACCGGGGGAAACAUUGCUUUCUCGACCCUUGAGAACCGUCCAUCCGCCCACGCGUUUGAAGAUUCGGAAGUUUUGCAGAACUGGGUCACUGCUUCAGCUAUCAAGAUCUCUCUGAACCGCAUGAACACAUUCGGAGAUGAGGUGUUCAGGGACCCGCAGGUGCUUAGCAGUUACUACUACGCCAUUUCUGAUUUCGCUGUUGGAGGAAGGUAAGUAUCCCCUUACGAAUUUGACAAAAAUCGCGCGUAUCCAGAUGCAAAUGUAAUGGCCACGCUUCGGAAUGCGUCGGCUCGUCAUCUGUCGACGGAGAGAACCGUCUGGUGUGCCGAUGCGAGCACAACACGCAGGGCGCUGACUGCAACGAGUGUCUGCCGUUUUACAACGACCGUCCUUGGAAGGCAGGAACCGCCAACGAGGCCAACGAAUGCAUCGGUAUGAGGAUGAGGACUGUCACUUUUAUUGUCAUUUAUGAGAACCAUUUCAGCCUGUAACUGCUCUCAACUCUCGAACAGAUGCUACUUUGACCAGCAACUCUUCGAGGAGACCGGCAAUGGAGGACAUUGCAUUGACUGUCAGGGCAACACCCAGGGAGUUCACUGUGAGCAGUGCGUGGCGAAUCACUGGAGAAGACCGAGAGAGAACUACUGCGUCCCUUGCGGAUGUAAUGAGGUAUCCUUGAAAAAUGAAUUAUCUGUUCGAAAUUUCAUGUUUCCAGAUCGGAUCCCUCUCCACACAAUGUGACAACGAAGGAAAGUGCCAGUGCAAGCCGGGAGUCACCGGACGUUUCUGUGACCAAUGCUUGGAUGGAUUCUACGAUUUCAGUACUAAUGGUUGCAAGUGAGUUAGGAGAUGAGCAUGAUGAUGACGCAUCACUUGGAGGGACGGGGUCGCUUGCGUCUAGUUUUUUCGAUCGAUAGCAUGACAACUGACGCUAGUACAUUUUGAUAUCACUGCAAUAGAAACGUCGAUGAUUUCCGUCGUCCCAAAUUCCUGAGCAUCGAGAAGAUCAUAGUUUGAGGGGGGGGGGGGAGGACUGCGUUUGGCUGGUUGGUUGUGUACACGAAUGGUUUUUCAGGAACUGCGGUUGCGAAGUAUCUGGAUCGUUGAACAACCAGCCAAGAUGCGACUCAUCUUCUGGUUCGUGUACUUGUAAACUCAACGUGGAAGGACGUCAGUGCGACAAGUGCAAGCCUGGAUACUUCGACAUCUCCACUGAGAAUCAGUUCGGAUGUACUCCGUGUUUCUGUUUCGGACACUCUUCGAUUUGUAACACUGCUGACGGAUACUUCGCCAUGAACGUCUCUAGCAUUUUUGAUCAGGACAAACAAAAGUGGACCGGAGAGAACAGAAUCGCCCUCCAGGACACCCAAUGGGCGGAACUGGAUAAGGCCGUGGCCGUCUCUGACACUGACAACUCGCCGGUUUACUUUGUCGCUCCGGAACAGUUCAUCGGAGAUCAGAGAAGCAGUUACAAUCAGGAUCUUGUGUUCACUCUCAAGGUUGCCAAGCACGUCACCAACCAGGAUGUCAAGUGAGUUUCUAUCUGAAAAGGAACAAGAUUCACACUUCUAUUGUUUCAGAGACAUUGUCAUUGUGGGCGCUGACCGUCAGGAACUCUCCACCUCCAUCACUGCCCAGGGAAAUCCGUUCCCGAACACUGAAGCUCAAACCUAUCGUUUCCGCAUUCAUGCCGACCCGUACUAUGGAUGGUAUCCGAGAAUCAACGAGCUCGACUUCAUCGGAAUCCUCUCCAACAUCACUGCCAUCAAAAUCCGCGGAACCUAUUCCUACAAGGACAUCGGAUACCUUUCCAACGUUCACCUCGGAACCGCCGGAGUUGCUCCGUCUGCUGCCAACCCGAAACAAGCUACUUGGAUUGAGCAUUGCGAGUGUCUUCCAGGAUUCGUCGGACAGUUCUGCGAGUCUUGCGAGUCUGGAUUCCGCCGCGAGACCAAGUUCGGAGGACCGUUCAACCGUUGUAUCAAAUGCGAUUGUCACGAGCACUCGACCAGUUGCGAAGCUGAGAGCGGGUCGUGCAUUUGCGAGCACAACACUGCCGGAGAUACUUGCGAGAGAUGUGCUCGUGGAUACUACGGAGACGCUCUUCAAGGUACUCCAGAUGAUUGCCAGAAGUGUCCAUGCCCGAACGACGGACCGUGCAUUCUUCACUCCGACGGAGAUGUGCUCUGUACCGAGUGCCCGAACGGAUACACCGGACGUAGAUGCGACGAAUGCUCUGAUGGAUUCUAUGGAAACCCGAAAGAGAGCAUCGAUUGUCAGGAGUGUGCUUGCUCUGGAAAUACCGAUCCGAACUCGAUUGGAAACUGCGACAAGAUCACGGGAGAAUGCAAAAAGUGUAUCUUCAACACUCACGGAUUCAAUUGCGAGAAAUGCAAACCAGGAUACUGGGGAGACGCUCUGGGCGAACCGAAAGGAAACUGUCAGUCUUGCGGAUGUUUUGCUGCUGGAACUCGCCGUCCGAACAACGAUUACACUCUUCUCGAGUGUAACCAGGCAGACGGACAGUGCGAUUGCUUGCCAAAUGUGAUCGGAAUUCAAUGCGAUCAGUGCGCUCACGGAUUCUACAAUAUCACAUCUGGACUUGGAUGCCAGGAAUGCAACUGUGACCCACUGGGAUCGGAGAAGAACACCUGUGACGUCAUCACCGGACAGUGUGUCUGCAAGCCAGGAGUUACCGGAAAGCGAUGCGACAUGUGCGCACCAUACCACUUUGGCUUCAGCGCCAACGGCUGCCAGCCAUGCGACUGCGAGGCUAUCGGAUCGGAGAGCCAACAAUGUGACGUCAAAUCCGGACAAUGUCUGUGCAAGGAGAACGUCGAAGGAAGAAGAUGCGACCAGUGCGCUGAGAACCGCUACGGAAUCACGCAAGGAUGUCUGCCAUGCGACGAUUGCUACACGCUCAUUCAAACUCGUGUCAAUGUGUUCAGAGAGAAAGUGAAGAGCCUCGAUAACACCCUCCAAGAGAUUAUUGAGAAUCCAGCUCCGGUCAAUGACACCAAAUUCGACGAGAAGGUCAAGGAGACUGCAAAUGCUGCUUCUGAAGUCUGGGAAGCUGUUAAACAGAAGACCAGUACGUUUUUCUUUCCGAAAACUAACAUUAACUCUUUAUUUUUCAGAGGAAGGAGGUGGAACUAUCAAGACCAAGUCAAAGGCCAUCAAGGAUGAGAUCAUGACCGCCUUGGAGAAGCUCACUACCAUCGAUGAGUCUAUCGGAAAAGCUCGUGUUGGAGCCGAUGCCGCUGAAAAUGACAUGAAGAGAUGGGAGAUCAUUAUCGAAAACGCCCGCCGUGAGAUUGAGAAUGUGCUCCACUAUCUGGAAACGGAAGGAGAGGACAGAGCGAAGCUUGCACUUGAAGCCAGCCAGAGGUAUGGAGAACAGAGUAAGCAGAUGUCCGAUCUGGCUCACCGCACGCGCCAGGAAUCUGAAAAGCAUGUGAAACAAGCCGAGGAGAUUGAGAAACUUUCGGAAGAGGCUAUCGCUGCCGCUACUCAAGCCAACAAAGAAGCCAGCGACGCCAUCUACGGAGGAGAACAGAUAUCGAGACAGAUUGCGGAGCUGAAGACGAAGCAGACGCAUCUCAACGAGUCCAUCCAAAGAACUAUGGACUUGGCCGAGGAGCAGAAGAAGGCCGCCGAUGAAGCGAACAACCAAGCGGCUGUCUCUCUCACCAACGUCGAUGGAGUCAAGAUCCCGAGCGUGAACCCGAAGGAGCUGAAGGCGGAGGUCGCCACCGUCUUGGAAGAGUCCGAGAACCUUGUCGACAAUUCGGUGAAGGAGAACGAGCAGAACGAUGAUCUGUUCGAAGAGGUCCACCGUGUUGUUGCUGAUGCUCGCAACGAACUCCAAAGCGCUCAAGACCAGCAGAAGAUCUCUGAUCAGAUGAUGGUGGAACUGGAUAAGGCUCGCGAGAGAAUCACUGACUCCGUCUCACUUGCCGAUAAAACUUUGAAGGAUGCCGAGGCUGCUUUGGCGACCCUCGAGGCCUUCAACGCCAAGAUCGAACAGUCGAGAAACGAAGCUGUCGCCGAGUUUUCUGGAAUUGACAAGAUUAACGAGCGACUUGCGGAAGUGGUUGCCGAUCAACAGAAGAAAAGAGAAAAGAUCCCAGAGGACAAGGCAUUCUCGGCCAAGUACAAGUCUGACGCUGAUAGCCACUUGAACAACACGAUACUGGUUCGCGAUCAGUACAAAGAGCUUGUCGAGAAGGAGAUGGACGCUCGUGACGCAUCCGAUGCUAUUGGCGAGGAUAUCGAGCAGCUGAUGGAAGAGCUGACUGAAACUAAGGACAGUCUCAACUACUACAGCAAGCAGGCGGAGGAUGACAAGCAGAUGGCCACCGAAGCCGUUCGCAAGGCUACUCUUGCGAAGAACUCGGCUAUCGAAGCCAACUCGACGGUUCUCAGCGAAGGAGAGGAACUCAAGAAAAUUAUAGACGCUUUGAGUGAGUUUGGAUGAUCUAUGUAUUCCGUGUUUGCAACUACAUUUCUUUCAGACACAAUGGAAGAGGUGAACAACGCCGAACUUGAUGAACUGGAGGAGGAGAUCGAUAAAAUCGAUCAGAUGCUGGCUCAGGCUCAACUCGCCAAGGAAGUUCCUCACUUCCAGCAGUCACGCGCCGACGAGGAUUCAAGGGUCGCUCAGUUGAAGAACGACAUCUCAGUUCUGCAGAAGGAGGUAAGAAACUAGAUCAUAAAACAAAGAAACAGAAAAAAACUAAUGAAUUCAUUUGCAGGUGCUGAACCUCGAGGAAAUCCGUGAUCAUUUGCCGACCAAGUGCUUCAACAUCAUCAAUUUAGAGCAAGAGGGACAGAAGUAA